AUGGCAGCUAUCCAGUCACCCCUUAAGAUUGUCGUCGGUUCCGACGAGGCCGGCGUUGACUACAAAGACGCCAUCAAAGCCCUCAUGGAGCAAGACAAGCGCGUCGCCCAUGUCAUCGACGUCGGCGUGAACAACGCGAGCGACAAAACCAUGUAUCCCCACAUUGCGGUGCACGCUGCGCGGAUGGUCGCGAAUGGCGAGGCGGACCGCGGCCUGCUGAUAUGCGGCACGGGCCUCGGCAUGGCCAUUAGCGCGAACAAGGUGCACGGCGUCCGUGCAGUGACCGCGCACGAUAGCUUUAGCGUCGAGCGCAGUGUGCUGAGCAACGACGCGCAGAUAUUGUGCAUGGGCCAGCGCGUGGUCGGCCUCGAGCUUGCCAAACGUCUCGCAAGAGAGUGGCUGGGCUACGUCUUCGACCCGCAGAGCGGCAGCGGACCCAAGGUCGAUGCCAUCAAGUCGUACGACGCCAACGGGAAAGUCGCGGCUGUCUAA